UUUCAUUUUAAUAGGAGAGGUUACCAUGGCUGUGUUUUGCCUGUGAAGUGUAAUAGACUGUGGCAUAUUUGUAGAUUGUCUGAAGGGUAUAAGGAAUCUCUCCAUUGCAGCUCUGCAAACUAGGGGCCGCUAAACAGAAUUUUCCAUAGGACCCUCACAAAGCUAUAAACCAGUACAAAAUUAACAGAAAAUACAGUGAUAAAUAUAACAUUUUAUUUUCAUUUCUAACAUAAGGUCUGUCAUUUCACAUAUUCCUUCUUGGACUGACGUUCUGGUUGUGUGUGGGGUUGCUAAAAACACAGUAACACAGGCAUAAAUUGUUAAUGCCACGAUACAUGACACAUUACCUGAGGGUUACAGUUACCGGGUGCAAGGCACAGCUCUGUACCAUUUCACAGCUCUUACAGGCUGCCUUAAACAGAAUCUCAAAUAUCGUGCAUUCCCCUUUUUGUCUCGGGAAUGGUUUCAAAGAGGGCGUAAGGCUUGACAUCAGAGUGCUAUGUCCAUACUGUCCUUUGAGUCCCUCUGCUUAAAAGAUGAAGACUCCCUAUCCCCAAAUGAGCCUGGAGACUUGGAAGAUGAAUCUGACCGAGACCUAGAAUCAGACGAAAAUGAGAAGAAUAACAAGGACAUGUCCAUAGCUGAAGUGUAUAUGGAGGCCUGUAAGUUGGUGGGUGUGGUGCCAGUCUCUUAUUUUAUUCAAAGCCUUGACUUUCCAACCAUGACACUCAGUCACCAUGGGCUAGGACCUCUGGGGUGCAAGGCACUUUCCAUUGCCUUAGUGACUGACAUGCACAUAAACACCCUGGAACUGGCGGACAAUCACAUUCAAGCUGAGGGGGCCAAAUACCUUGUGGAGAUGUUGAGGGCUAACUUCACCAUCCAGCGCCUAGAUUUAUCAAACAACUAUCUCAAAUCUGCCGGAGCGGAGUAUGUGGCCAAAAUGUUGUUGGACAAUAUUUCCUUAAAAUCUUUGAAGCUUUCAGGAAAUAGAUUCACUGAUGAUGAUGCUAAAUAUUUUGCGGAUGCCUUGUCGACCAACUCCAGGAUAAAGGAACUGGACCUGAGUCAUAAUGAGUUUUGUGGAAGAGGAGGGGAGCAUCUGGGACAGCUGCUGGCAAACAAUGAAGGUCUUGAGGCGCUGGACCUCAGCUGGAAUCAUCUCAGAAUGAAAGGAGCUGUGGCUUUUUCUGCUGGACUGAAGGUGAAUAUGAUGUUAAAACAUCUCGACUUGUCUUGGAACGGUUUUGGGAAUGAAGGAGCCCUGGCCAUGGGAGAGGCCCUUAAAUUCAACAACACUCUGGUGUACCUCAACCUCAACAACAACCGCCUAACCAAUGAGGGCGUCAGCAUGCUGUGCAGGGGUCUUGAGUUCAAUGACACGCUCAGAGUCCUGCUGCUGGCUUACAACUCUUUAACAGUAGAGGGAGCUCUUGCUCUAGUCAAUGUGGUGAAGAACACACCCAAAACUGCCUUAGAGGAGAUCAACAUAUGUAAUGUGCUUGUAAAUGAGAACUUUGUGCAUCUCUUGGAGGUCACAUGUCAGGAGCAUCCUGGUCUGGAUGUACAAUAUGGAGGAGUAGGAGGCUUUAUUGCUAAGAAGCCACCGAAACGCAUUGAUCCAAUGAAAGUCAUCCAGGAUUAUCUUGAUCACCGCAAGCUGCGCCUGUGGGACUUCUUUCGGAACAUAGACAAAGACGGCACCAUGCGAGUCCCUGUUGCUGACUUCAGAAGAGCUGUUCAGCAAUCUAGCAUUCCGUUGGAUCGAUACCAGAUUGAGGAGCUGAUUCAGAGGCUUGAUCGUGACAGGACAGGAAUGGUGGACUACAGGGGACUGGCGGAUACAAGAAAACAAAUGAUGAGAGAUCACCGCCGCCAGCUGAAGAAGUUUGAAUCCCGUCAGAAAAAAGAGAAGCAGAAAAGUGACCGCAUCCUUAAAACCUUCCAGAAUGCUGUGGAGGCAGUUACACCUCACAGCUCCAUGGUCAUAUCUCCAGGAGCCACCAAAGAGGACUCAAGUGGCCCCCAGCACUUUUCUGCCACCCCUCUCAGCUCCUGGCACCACAUUGUCAUGUCCAACAGCAGCCGCUACUCUGUCACUAAUCUGAGCAGUGUCCACCUGCCCAUGUUAGGGGGCACCACACCUUACCGUCCCACCAGUUCCCCAGCAAUGCGCUCCUACUCCCAACCCAACCUGCUGGCUGACUCCCCUCGCUCAGCUCCAGGCAAGUCCAUCUCUGCUCAGGGCAUUCGCUCUGAUCCGGAGAUGGGCCACAGCAAGCUGAGCCCGAGUGCUAGCAGCCUGACCAGGUCCAGGCCUGCGCUUAAUGCCAAGCAGCCAGAGGGUAAAGUCAAAAGCAAGAAAUUGAAGAAAAAGAAACCAAAGAAACAUGCAGAUAAAGGCUCAAAGGAUCCUACACAAACUGUCACAUGAUGUGUCUUGUGUCUUUUCGACUGGUUUCUUU